AUGCAAAUUGCCGCUGUGACGUCCACGCGAGAAGUUCUGUCGCUUGAUGGAAUCUGGCGCUUUGCAUUGGCUGUCGAAGAACUCGCUGAACCUCUGGCGUGGAUCAAGCCACUUCCGCAACGACGUGCUCGUGAUAUCCCCGUUCCUGCCAGCUACAAUGAUAUAUUCAUUGAAAAAGAGAUACAUGAUCACGUCGGAUGGGCCUUGUACCAGCAAGAGGUUCGCGUGCCCCGGGGGUGGCAGCAGGAGCGCUAUUUUGUGCGGCUAGACGCGGCCACACACGAGGCUCGCGUUUUUAUCAACGACCACCUAGCGACCACGCAUGUCGGCGGGUAUACCCCGUUUGAAGUCGAGAUCACAGCUUACGUCCGGGCAGGAGAAAAAUUUUGUUUAACCGAUGCUGUAAACAACGAACUCACCAACGAAACGAUUCCACCGGGAAAGAUCGAGGUGUCUUCUUUGAAUGCCAAACGACGCCAGACCUACAACCACGACUUCUUCAAUUACGCGGGCCUCUCUCGCUCCGUUUGGCUAUACUCGGUGCCACCCAGCUAUAUUGAAGAUGUCACGCUCGUAACGGGUGUGAACGGGACAACUGGAACCAUCCAGUACGGUGCCAAAACGAAUGGGGAGAUAGGUUCCUCGCGCAUUAAUGUCGUUGUGCGCGAUGAGGAAGGGCAUGUUAUCACAGAAGCAGAAGGCCUGAAAAGAUGCGUCACGGUCAACAUCCGUGCUUCCAGUGGUACCUUGACGGACGAAUAUACCGUCCUAGCGGGCAUUAGAACUGUCGAAGUGCGGGGAAACCAAUUUCUUAUCAACAGCAAACCCUUCUAUUUCACUGGAUUUGGGAUGCACGAAGAUCAUUUGGUUCGUGGCAAGGGCCAUGACGCAGUUUCUAUGGUCUAUGAUUUCGAACUGCUGGCCUGGACUGGGGCCAGUUCUUUCCGCACGUCACACUAUCCAUAUGCUGAGGAAGUCAUGGACUUUGCAGACCGGCAUGGUAUCGUUGUAAUUGACGAGACAGCGGCGGUUGGUCUGAAUCUCGCAAUGGUCUCCGGCAUAUUGGAGUUGACGAAAGAGCUUGAUCCAAGUUCGCGCCCGGUCACAUUCGCCAAUGAAUCUAGUUCGACAUACGAAACAGACCAGAUUGCGGACCUCGUCGAUUUCUUGUGUCUCAACCGCUACUACGGUUGGUACCGUGAAACGGGCGAUCUGAAGACAGCAGAGGUACUUUUCGAGGAGGAGCUUUGCUACCUAUCAUUAUUACGGAGUAUGGCGCCGAUACGCUAA